AACUAAAAAAAAGAAAGAGAAUCCGUUUUAUGAGCCUAUAAAUACUUACGACCCCAAGAUGUAAUAAUUCAUUCAUAUAAACCAUAUAAUACAUACAUCAUCAAACAUUAUCCAAAUCACAAAGAAAAAAUGGCAGGUUUCAUUGAAAAGAUAGGAGAGAAACUUCAUAUGGGAGGUGACAAGAAAGAUGAGCAUCAUAAGAAAGAUGAUGGUCAUCAUAGCAAAGAUGGUGAACAUAAAGAAGGAGGAAUGAUGUCUAAGAUCCUUGGUCAUGGUGAUGAUCAUAAGAAACAUGAUGGUGAUCAUCAUAAAGAUCAUGAUAAACAUGAUGGUAAGGAUCAUAAGAAGGAUGAUGGUCAUGGUGAGAAGAAGAAGAAAAAGAAGGAUAAGAAGAAGAAGGAACAUGGUCAUGAUCAUGAUGGUAGCAGCAGCAGCAGCAGCGACAGCGAUUAGAUCAUCGCCAUCAUCAUCCGCUCGUCUAAGAUCCUAAGUAUGAGAGAAUAAAUGAAAGGAGCUAGUAGAAGCCGUAAUUACAUUGUUUACAAAGAAAUGGAGAAAUUACUUACGAGUUACCUCGUUUUAGCUAUCCAUUUCUUAACAUAGUUUGUAGGAAACUUCUUUUUUUUUUUUCUUUUUUUUUUUUAAAUUGUGGAUUUUAUCCAUGAAUAUGUGUAAAAGCUCUUUCUUUUUAAAAGAAAAGGGUUUGUUCAUGUAAUCUCUUAUCUAUUAUUAUAAUGAUAUAAAUAUAAUCUCAUGUUUGCUUUAUUUGA